AUGAGCCACAGUGCAGGGGCUCAGAACGAGGCAGGGCCCUCAUCGGGUCCAUCGCGCUACGUCCCGGCCGUCCGACGAUCCAAGACGGUCAGCGACGCUUCGUCGACCCAUUCGCGUCAUCAUUCCACCACUUCCAUGCUUUAUCAGCUUGCCCUCCCUAUCCAACUUGACCACAGGGGAUCCGAGAGCUCAGACGCUGUCUCUCAAUUCCGCGACGGCCCUGUUAGCCCUUCCAGGCGUGGCGACACGCUUCGCGCCUAUUCUCGACAGCGUCGUGUCUUCUCCGGCAAUGACGACCAUUUCCCCACCAGCCCCGAGCAGCGCACUCGCACCCUCUCCCCGACAGGUCUGGCUUCGCCCUCGAUGCGCCGGCCGCAUCCUUCGCGAAGCUACCUUCACGCAGCUGGCUAUCCGGACGCAACAGGCGCCUCUGCGCCAUUCCCGCGCGGCUCUGCAGAUGCGGACGCUGCUGACCGCGAUGUCACGCUCACCAACCCAUUCCUCGCAUUUUUCGGUGACGAACCAUCAUCGUCCUUGUCGAGCACCCCGAGCCUCACCAGCCCAACCUCGACCCUGUCGCGCUCCACCUCGCUCCGCUCCGCAGCUUCCGACUGCAGCACUCUGAUAGGUGGAGCCCAUUAUCUCUCGGUCAACAGCUCAAGCGAUCUUCCUAACGCCAUGGAGAAUCUUUCGUCGGACCACACCGUUUCCACCUGGACUCGAAGGGCCAGAAGGUGGUCCAAUUCCGUGUCACGAAGAAUGAGCAUCACCGCUCUCAACCAGACCAUCCACUCCACUACGACGCCUUAUCUCAAGGCCGGCCUCCAAGAGCUUCGUUCCAUCUUUGAUGUCGACACACUGGGUGUUGCUGUGGAUGACCAGGACGAUAGUGAUCUGGAAGGCGCUUCGCCGCUCGAUCGCCGAAUACAUGACGUCGACGAGCAGGCUCCUGCGCUUCUACUCCACGGAGCGCAACCUGCCACGGCACCUGCCCUUUCCAAGUCGCCUGAAACCAUGUCGCCGGACUUGCCUCGACAGGGCAGCUCUAAGGACCGCGACCUUCCCGUUCAAGCCGCGCCAAACAGACCCAGCCUCAACUUUACCAGCCAGGUCUACGAGCCUCCCGCAACUCAUCGCCGGGCGCAGUCGUGGCGCAAGCAUCGCAGCCUGUCGACUUCAAAUUUUUCCAGCCCUGCUCUGCCGGCAUCGAUCGCCAAAAAUGAGUCCAUCUGCAGUGCACGAAGUGGCUCCUCCAGGUCAUCCACACUCUACUCCACGCGUGAAAUGUCAACACGGUCGCAGUCAGUGCGCACGCCACUGGUUGCAGUCGCCCUCGCAGCACUCAGCGUCCUGAUCGUAGGCGUCUGCGCACUCGAGACCUCGAUGCACCCGGACGCCGCUUCGCUUCCUCUGACCGCGUUCAUGCUCGCGCAGUCGGUCUUUGCUCUUGUUGGUGUCUUGGGACUAGCACUGCAGAAGCGCUGGGUGAUCGACCUCGCUUCGCGUCUCCUUCGUGCUCACGUGCUUGGACAGGUGCUCAUCGCCAUGGCUGCGCUCCGCAGCCUGAGCCGCACCGCUUUCUACCGCCACAGUCGCGAGCGACAGCUUUUCACCGAAACAGCUGCUGCAGGGGUGCUCACGUCGCCUCGCUUUCUCGCUGCGUCCGACACUUUGGCUGACCCUCACGCAUCGGCGGUAGGUUCCUUCCGUGACCAGGUAACGUACGUUUGCGUCUUUGUGGUCCAAGCCGCGCUUCCAUUGGCGCUAGCCCUGUGGGCUCAGUAUGCCGUCGCAACUGCACUCAGCCGUGCUACACGCUCGCUGCCGAGCGCAGGUCAGCAGCAUAGCAAGCGUGAGCAGCAAUCUGCGCAACAGCGAAGCCCACCCGUCGUCAUGGUCGCCAAUGCAGAUGGAUAUGCCGGCGAACGCAUGCGGUUCAACAGCGAGAAUCCGACCAUGAGCAAAAGCUCAUCGCACACUGCACUAGGCGGUUCGGCUCAGCGCAGCGAAGGUUGGCUCGGUUUUGUGAUCACGCGCCUCGAUGCAAACCCUAGCGCGCCGCCCGCGCCCAAGUUUGAGCUCGAUGCAACAGAGCUCAGCUCACGACUUAAGAACUUGGCCCGCGCUGACACGCCUACUCAGCGUACCGUUGAGAACCGAUCGGUUUGA